AAUAACAACCAUUUUCCAGUAAAACCAUGAUGACGUUUAAAUUAUUUUUCUAUUAUAAUACUUUCAAAUUGGUCAAAACUUCCUUUGUAAAUUGUGUGGUUGUUAUUGCUUAUGGCGUGUUUGUUCUUGGUUAACAGGGAGCUUCUAAAUUGAGAUCUAUCCUCCUUGACUUGUCUGAGGUAAAGAGAAAAACAAGCUUCCAGAGCCAAGCUUUUGCCGGGAUGAGUGAUCUACGAUAUCUCAAAAUCUACAGCUCUAAGUGUCCUCAAGAAUGUGAUCGUGACAAUAAACUAAACUUCCCAGACGGACUCCAGCUACCAUUGAGUGAGGUUAGAUGUUUCCAUUGGUUGAAAUUCCCAUUGAAAGAAGUUCCAGAAGAUUUCAACCCGGAGAAUUUGGUUGAUCUUAAGCUUCCUUACAGCGAGAUUGAACGAGUCUGGGAAGAUAACAAGGACGCAUCAAAACUAAGAUGGGUCGAUUUGAACCAUUCACGGAAGUUGAGCAUUUUGUCGGGUUUAGGAAAGGCUCAAAGUAUUGAAUACCUGAAUCUUGAAGGUUGUACGGCGUUGACAAGGUUGCAUGAGAAUAUGGAGGAUAUGAAGUGUCUUGUUUUCUUGAACCUGAGAGGAUGCACGAGUCUCAAGUCUCUUCCAUUGAUUAAAUUAAUCUCUUUGAAAACGCUCAUCCUCAGCGGCUGCUCGAAGUUUAAAGCAUUUCACGUUAUUUCUGAUAAGCUUGAAGCUCUCUACUUGGACGGCACAAAGGUAAACGAACUUCCUGUUGAAAUUGGGGUCCUCCAAAGACUUGUCUUACUGAACAUGAAAGACUGCAAGAAGCUGAAAAAACUCCCUUGCAGUCUUCAUGACCUGGAAGCUCUAGAACAACUUAUACUCUCGGGUUGUUCAAAGCUCAAAGAGUUUCCAGAAACUGGAGGACACGUGAGCAGUUUAGAGAUUCUGCUUCUGGAUGGGACGGCCAUAAAGGACAUACCAGAUAUUUUCUCGGUGCGGCGUUUAUGCUUAAGCUGGAAUGUAAAGAUCAGCCGCCUUCCCGACCUAAUCAGUCGAUUUUUACGACUGCAAUCGCUUGAUUUGAAGCACUGUAAGAAUCUUACACAUGUUCCUCAGCUUCCACCAAAUCUUCAGUGCUUAGAUGUACGUGGCUGCAGCUCACUGAAAACAAUUGCAAAACCACUGGUAUGUUCUGUGCCGACGGGUCAGAUCCAUUCCAAGUUCAUUUUCACAAACUGCAAUGAACUGGAAAAAACUGCAAAGGAGGAGAUAGCAGCCUAUGCUGAAAGGAAGUGUCAAUUGGUAUCAAGUGCACUUAAGCGCUGCAAUGGGGGUUGUGUUCCUGAUAUUGUGUUUGACACUAGCUUUCCUGGAUGUGAAAUGCCUUCAUGGUUUUGUCAUGAAGCAAUUGGAUCUCUGGUGGAGUUUGAAUUGCCCCCACAUUGGGAUCACAACAGGCUUUCAGGGAUAGUCCUAUGUGUUGUUGUCUCUUUUAAGAACUGUCAAGAUCAUGCCGACAUGACAGUCAAAUUCACUGGAGAGGGCUCUUGCACCAGCAUUACUUGGAAGGUUGGAAGUUUGAUUGAACAAGACAAUGAGGUAGACAGAGUUGAGUCAGAUCAUGUAUUAAUCGGCUACACCAACUGUCUAAACUUCAGAAAACUUCUUCAAUGUGAUGACCCGCGUAAAUGUGCUUCGACAAAGGCAUCCCUUGAGUUUAGCGUGACAACUGGUACUGGUGGGGAAGCGAGCUUUGAAGUUUUGAGAUCUGGUUUCAGUUUUGUGUUUGAACCUGAAGAGAUCAAAGUUCCACCCACAAGAAGUGAACAAUUCAAAGGUAAAACAAAAAAUAACGGAACUCUAGAUAGUAAUGGUAGUUUCAAGGAUCAACCAAAAGGACAUGAAUCUCCAAAGGGCCACUUUGAGUCUUGCACCGGAAGUUGCACCACAUGUGAAGCACAUUGUCACGGACUGAUUUCUGAGGACGUACGGCCUUAGUGCCUUUUCACCCGGGCGUGACAACAUUCUUCCUAAACAACUGGUUUUGAUUUCACUCUUUUGUAUUAGAUGCAUCUUCUUUCUAAUCCAAAAAUGAUUUUUCGGAUUAUCUCUGCUUUCUAAUUAUUUACUCAUUAAACUAUUUGUAUUGAUAUAUUCAUUUUCAAAGAUUUUUCAGAUUA